AUGGACGCAGACGGCAUUCUUUGCACUGUGAGCGCUUCAUGGGUUGCUCUCACACGGACGGUCCCCCCUCAGCUCAGACGUGGGAGUGCGGCCAAGCCUCCUCUCAAUCCUCAAAAUCGCUUUCCUGAGCAAUUUGUCGACCUUCGCCCCCUCCCACGGACCGUCUCGGCCCACAUUUCCGACCCCGAACGGGGCACUUAUUAUUUCCUCUAUCGCUCCCUUUUAAAUUUCUAUGGGGUCCUGUUCCUAUGGGAAACAGGCGAGGUGGAGGGAAGAAACGGGCAGUACGAGAUGGCCCUGCCGGCGGAGUGGACGCAACAACGCUUGUACCCCCUGCGUGGAGGAGAACAAGAAGGGCAGCCGGCGGUGGAAAUGGGAGGCGGAGGGGACGCGGGGCUCAUGGAAGAGGCGCCGCUGAUGAUGAGCUUUGUGCGCAAUGCCACAGGGGAUGAGGAGGGAGGGAAGAGGUAG